AUGGGGGCUCCAUUGGGCUGGCGUGGCCAGCCGGUGGAGCAAGACUGCGACGAAGCCCAUCUAGCAGCCGUCGACUAUCAACCGCAGGUGUGGGAGCACAUGGGAGGCGUCGACGGCGGCAAAAGGCACUCGUGCGACUGGAGCAAUGCCUGCAUGCCGUGCGCCAGUGGACCAAAUGCAGCGGGGCCGGACGGACGUCGCACGCAUGGAGGAGGCACACUGUUGUCUCUCCACCACCACCGCUGGGCCGCAGCAACAUGCUGCUGGUUAGCCACAUCACACAGGGAUGCACCAACAGUCCUGGGCCACAGCUACAAGCAAAGCCAGUGA